CCCUUGGUAAGACUCACUGGUAUGAUACGCAGGCUAAAUCCCUCAAAUAUAUCGAUAGCUGAGCUGUAUCAGGAUCUCUUUAUUAUUGUUUCCCUUUUUGCUCAGUUGUAGAUUUAAUUCUUAAAUUUAGACUGAAUAUUCUGGGCAGAAACUGAGAUUAAUUUAUGAAAUAUUCUGUUUCCUAUAAUGUAAUUUCCAAUUAUUCUUUGUUUUAUGAUUUGGUGCUAUGGAGACAGAAGGGGGAACUUGUGUCAGAGCAGUCUCACAGAUUUGUUCAGCUGCUGCCAGAGCACAUUGUCAUUGUUUACCCAUGCACUGGGUGCCCUCUUUCUCCGUGUCACACCCAAAUUCUUUACCAUCCUGUGUGGGCAGUGAGAGAAAAAUAGGAGUCAUACAUGCGCCGAUCACAAUUUCGCAGUGUGGCGCAAAGGCCAGAGAGUGGACACUGGUCCCAUGUGGUCACUAACAGUACAACGUUAGCUAAUAAAGAGCAUUCAACUACUGUUACCUGGAAGAUGGUCAUAAUCCACUUUUGAAACAUGUUAUAACCUAGCGUGAGUUUCAAGGUUGUCUGACACAUUCUUUAUUGCUGCAUAAAAGCUCAGAGGUGGUUGGAAGGUGUCAGUCACAACGUUGUCUGGACUAGGAGAAGCCACAAGGGCAGCAGUUCUUCUGUAAGUUGAGAGACAAGCCGAGUAUUUAAACAACAUGAGAGGCACAUCUUACUCCCAGAAGAGCCUGCAGGUCAGCGGCGCCAGUAGAGUAAGAGUCCAAAGUCCGUCACCAUCUCGUUGCCGUGGAUCUUCAUAUGACACCCGUGGGCGCUCGGGUCAACGCAGCACUGCCAUUGAGUUGGGUACAGAGAUACACCAGCACCAUGCCAAUGAGAAAGAAGAGAUGCAGGAACUCAACGUCAAGUUUGCAGGAUACAUUGAGAAGGUCCAGGCACUGGAGCAGAGAAAUGCUGCCCUUCAAGCUGAACUGGCUGCGCUGCAGAGCCGAUACAAGGGAGGCCCCACCGGCCUCGCAGAAGAAUAUGAGCUCAAAUUUAAAGAGGUACGUGAUCUGAUUGAGACCCUAACUAAUGAGAAGGGCGCCGCUGAUAUUGAAAGGGGUUACAUCGAGGAAGAGAUUGAAGUGUGGAGACUUAAGGUGGAGGAGGAGCUGGCACUCAAAGAAGAAGCGGAAAUGAUCCUGAGAGAGUUUCGCCAAGAUGUGGACAACGCCACCCUGCAGAAGGCUGAGCUUGAGAAGCGCAUUGAACAACUGGUGGCCGAGAUAGAGUUCCUCAAGAAGCUGCACGAUGAGGAGGUGGCUGACCUCAUGAAGCAGAUUGAGGACUCAAAAAUUUCUGCUGAGCUAGAUGGCGAUCGCCCUGACCUGGCUGCUUACUUGCGCAACAUGCGUACAGAGAUAGAGGCUGUUGCUGCUCGUAAUGUCCAAGAGGCUGAGAAGUGGUACAAGAGCAAGUUUGACAACCUCAAGGAGCAUGCUGGGAAGAAUGAAGAACAGAUGAAGACCAUGAAAGAUGAGAUCACUACCUUCCACAAUCAGGUGACAGACUUGCAGAACCAGAUUGAUGGCCUUCGGGCUCGCAAUGCUGCCCUGGAGCAACAGCUGGAGGACAUGGAGAUGUACCACAUGGAUAAAGUUGAGAGCCUGGAGAGUGUCAUCGCUCAGUUAGAGAACCAGCUCUGCGAAACCAAACUGGAGAUGACCAAAUACCUUCAGGACUACCAGGAAUUGCUGCACAUUAAGCUCAAGCUGGAUGCGGAAAUCGCCACUUACAGGAAGCUGCUGGAGGGAGAGGAGCAGAGGCUCGGAAUUGCCAAAGAUGUCUAACUAUCCUGGAGAGAGGAGGCCAAAAGCAAUUAGAGAGAAGACCAGAAGUGUAUCACAGAUUCAAAAGAUCAUCCCGGUCUGCUUAAACAGACUCAAAAAUGUCCCCUCUUUCAAAUUCUUGUUCUCACUAGAAGGCCUGGGUCAAAUACCCGGCCAACUAUUUCAACAUCUGCAUCUGUCAUUAGCCUUUAUCUUUCCUUAUUCCUACUGAUUGAUUUUUUUCCCCUCUUCCCAAUGAAUAAUGUCAAAAUAUCCCCACAUUAUUCCACAAAACCUGAUUGCUGACCUUUUACACUAAUGUACUGUAUGAACUGUCAAUUAAUAAAGAUUGAAGUGAGUGCAAACAAAAUAACCAACUGAUCAUCAUUUUUACCUCUGUCCCCUUUCUAAUCUCUUCCUAAUCUAUCAUAAAAUUGUCUCUUUGUGACCAUAACUUCUCCUACAUCAUACACAGUGGAGAAAAACAAAGAGCAGAGAAGCAUUUAUUUUUUAGGUCAAGCUCAGCAAAACCCAACUAUUAUUGGCACCAAGGAAUAAAAUGGAGGUAGUUGCUGUUUGUUAAUUCAUAGAGCGUUACUAGGUUUGAGAAUUUAGCUUGGUGUAAGUAAAAAUUAUCCUUUUUAAAGACCCUUUUGGAAAAACCAAGUUGAGAAAGCUUCAAACCUCUCUGCAAAGAGGUCAUGACCAAAACUGCCUAAGCCCCUUCCUGAGAGGUGCUGUUGAUGAGCUUCCUCUCAAUGGAGACAAUGCGCCUACAUUGCGCUUUAGAUUGUAUUAGGAUCUUGUAGAUAAAUUAG